AUGUCAUACCGAACCAUCUACCUUCUUGCGUUUCGCAGACUGUCUAGUCAGCGCGCCCAUUUCUCUAUAUGGGUUCCGUAUCAGGAGGGUGGUGAAACGGGCACCGCUAUUCAUGUCAUCGGCACUCCGAUGAGCGGAUACAGUCUGGAAUUCAAACGUGCAUAUAAACCAGAGUAUACCGAGGAGCCGAAAGAAAUGUUCGCAAUCGGGCAGAUCAAUGCGGAAAACGUUCAUGACUGGCCCGGAACAAGACAAGAUGACUCAACGCCGAUAGGUAAUCUUGAGGUUGUUGCAGCUCAGAUACCGCCACCUAGGAAAAGCCAAAACUUCUUGGCGCCUGUGAAUGAUACUACGAACCGUCGAUGUCAAGAGUGGACCACCGACUUCAUUCGCCGCCUCGUUGAAACCCAAUACCUCGACAGCUCUGUACUAGAUCAAGUCCAAGCGAGGCGAGACCCACCAACCCAUGGCGUC